AGGGAGCUCGUCGCUGAUUGGUUGCCCGGUCACCUUUAGCUUGGUCCACAUCUCUCUGCUCUUGUUCCGGAUUCGAGCAGCAGACACAAGAUUCAACCAUGGAUCUUGUGCUGAAUGUUGCCGACUAUUACGUCCUCACCCCGUACGUGUACCCCGCGUCGUGGCCUGAGGAUGGCGCCCUGCGGCAGAUCAUGAGCCUGCUGGUGCUGACGAACCUCGGAGCUGCAGUCCUGUACCUGGGCCUCGGAGCGAUCAGCUACUUCUUCAUCUUCGACCACACUCUGAUGAAGCACCCACACUUCUUAGAGAAUCAGGUCAGGAGGGAGAUUAAAUAUGCGAUGACCUCUCUUCCCGUGAUCAGUCUUCCCACUGUCGCUUUGUUUUUCGCCGAAGUCCGAGGAUACAGCAAACUGUACGAUAACGUUGAUGAAUCUCCGCUGGGUUGGCCCGGACUCGUCCUCAGUAUGAUCUCCUUCCUGUUCUUCACUGACAUGUGCAUCUACUGGAUUCAUCGCUUCCUUCAUCACAAGCUCAUUUAUAAGCUGUUUCACAAGCCUCACCACGUAUGGAAGAUCCCCUCUCCCUUUGCCAGCCACGCUUUUCACCCAGUGGACGGCUUCAUGCAGGGUCUCCCCUACCACAUCUACCCUUUCCUCUUCCCCCUCCACAAGGUGCUCUACCUGGCCCUCUACGUCUUCGUCAACAUCUGGACCAUCUCCAUCCACGACGGCGACUACCGCGUCCCCCGCGGCCUGACAGAGGUCAUCAACGGCUCGGCUCACCACACCGACCACCACCUCUUCUUCGACUACAACUACGGCCAGUACUUCACGCUGUGGGAUCGCCUGGGAGGCUCCUACAGGCACCCGUCGGCGCUGAUGGGGAAGGGUCCCCACGAUCUGAUACGCAAACUACAAGCAGAGGGGAAGCUGGGAGACGACAGAGUGAAGGUGAACGGACACAAUCAGAGAAGAGUCACACUGAAGGAGGAGUAACGGGGGAAUUUAAAAUACGUGGCUGAAAUGAAUCACUAUUUUUGUAAAGACAAUGUGCUGCAUCCAAACUCAGCUGGAAAACACAUCGGGGGAUAAUUGGAGUGAGUGAACUUGCCAAACAUGAAAUGUGAAAUUUGGAAUCUGGUGGAAAAAGGUGCCUGUAAAAUGGCCGAACCCCUGGAGGGACAUCCUCAGAGGUGAGCUAUAGGACGCCACAUUUCUCUCACCGUCAUCAGUCAUGUCAGCGGCUGCAACUGAAGGGUUUGACUUUUUAUACAAGAGUUAGACACUGAACGUUUUUGGAAGAAGAAGAAACAACAGGAGAGAAGUUUUAUUACAAGUUAAAGUUCCGAGCUACAGGAGCUGCUACACACUAACAGAGUUUGACUCAUGAUUAAAGAUCGACUUUGACUUAAAGUUUGAUUUAACAAGUUGAACUCAAUCGACUGCAAUAAAGGAAAACUUUUACUUUCAAUAAGUCCCAUCACUGUGGCUUUAUACUACUUAACAAUUCCUGAUUAAAAUGUGUAAAAGCAA